UGGUCAUUGAUCCCCUCUCAGUGGUCAUUGCUCUCCUCUCAGUGGUCAUUGAUCCCCUCUCAGUGGUCAUUGCUCUCCUCUCAGUGGUCAUUGAUCCCCUCUCAGUGGUCAUUGCUCUCCUCUCAGUGGUCAUUGAUUCCCUCUCAGUGGUCAUUGCUCUCCUCUCAGUGGUCAUUGAUCCCCUAUCAGUGGUCAUUGCUCUCCUCUCAGUGGUCAUUGCUCUCCUCUCAGUGGUCAUUGCUCUCCUCUCAGUGGUCAUUGCUCUCCUCUCAGUGGUCAUUGAUCCCCUCUCAGUGGUCAUUGCUCUCCUCUCAGUGGUCAUUGAUCCCCUCUCAGUGGUCAUUGAUCCCCUCUCAGUGGUCAUUGAUCCCCUCUCAAUGGUCAUUGAUCCCCUCUCAGUGGUCAUUGCUCCCCUCUCAACGGUCAUUGCUCCCCUCUUAA